GGUUCUCAGUCGAGACAUAGCGCGGCGCUGUACUCUUGUUGCACGGAAAAUCGCGUGGUGAUUUCUCCAUUUUUUAAUUAAUCCAAAAUUCAGUCAGAAACACAGAAAACAGCAGCAAUGCCAGAACUCACGGAAAUCAAAAACACACCUGAAGCCUCCGCCCCAGACACGGAGAACCGACCUGACGAGGAGGCUGGCAGUGACACUGACUCGGAGGACACAAUUCCAGAGUUGGAAGAUGCGGGAACUACAGCCACUCAGCUUGGUGGCGGCGCCACCGGCUUGCCCAUCGACAUGGUCUCGAAGGCGAAACAGUCACGCGGCGAGAAGAAGGCGCGCAAGAUCAUGUCGAAGCUCGGCCUGAAGCCAAUUCAGGGUGUGAAUCGCGUGACUAUCCGCAAAUCUAAGAACAUCCUCUUCGUGAUAAACAACCCUGAUGUGUACAAGAACCCUCACAGCGACACGUACAUCAUCUUCGGGGAGGCCAAGAUUGAGGAUCUGUCGCAGCAGGCUCAAGUGGCGGCGGCUGAGAAGUUCAAGGCACCCGAAACCUCCUCCGCUCCGGGCGACUCGGCCGGCACCACGGCCACGGUGGCGCCCAUUGCUGAGGAGGACGAGGAGGAGGUGGACGAGACUGGCGUGGACGAGAAGGACAUUGAUCUGGUGAUGUCGCAAGCCAACGUGCCGCGCGGGAAGGCGAUCAGGGCGCUGAAGAAUAACAACAAUGACAUCGUGAAUGCCAUCAUGGAGCUGACGAUGUAGGCGAGAGGCGCGCAGAGGUCUGUUUAUCUUCAGUAGCUCCUUCAACACACACGCCCUUCAGGCAUCACAGACUUUCCCUCACACACACUCUCCGGGAGUUGAAUUGAUGGAUGAAAAGUGCUCGACUUUGGAUGCAUUUGCUGAGAGUUCAUGGAGAGAGCAAAAUUGAAUAAAUUUUAGAAUCUUGUCACGAA